UCUAUUUGCUUUCUCAAAAGGAAUGUAUGUUGCUUUGGAUAAAGGUGUUUGCUAAAUAAAAAUGCAAAAAAUAUAGUGCCUUACAAUGUCACUCCAAACCACACGUUAGGAUUUUUCUCAUUCUUUGGAUUCCCGAGUAGGUAAACUGGGUUGGGGUAGCCCACGCAAGCUGUCAGUGCAGCACUCCGGGAGUUAACAUAAUCCGUCAGCCCCGUUCACAGAAGGGUCAUGACAGCGACAGGGGUAAUUAUAAUAAUCAGGCUGUUACUCGAUAUUCCUGUGCCAGUCUCCUCUGGUUUCACAGAUGCGGAUCGGGAAUAUAAAUCCAAUACCAUCCUCGGCUCCGAUCCUGGCACGUCUAGGACCUCGUGAAAAGAAUCACUGUACUGUAUGGUGCGAGGAGAAACAAGGAAGCAUGGUGACAGUUGUCACCAAGCAGCUUCCUUCACACUGGAGCCCAGGAUGAUGAGCCAUCCGCAAAAAAUAUCUUAAGAACAUUUAAAUAGUUUUUCGAUUUUGCCUGUUCAUGUUCACACUACGGCCACUUCAGGAAUGCGUGUAAAUUUUCCCACAUUUAUUUUCCCGUUUCAGGGUAAGAACAUUCUGGGAACUUUUUUGUGAGCCGGAGAAUUCCGGAAUGCACCCGCAGUGCACGUAAAAGGGUGCAUCAUGCAAUGCUAACAGUUCGCAGGGUAACCCUUGUGUUGCCACAUUAAAUGAGUUAAACACGACUAAGGCCACCUAGGGAGGUAAUCUGUUAAAUAUUAGCAUUUCUAUAACACACCUCGUCAUGUUUGCAAAUGCAUGUGUUGCAGUCAUCAGUGUGUCUAUUGUGUUAGAAAGUGAAUACACACCAACCCACACCUGUUACAUACUGAACGUCAGUCAUUGAUUGAACAUGAGAAAUUUUACAACUCGGAGCAGACUAAUCAGCCCAACUUGUUUAAAUAUUUAAUAUCUAAAUCAUGCGUUCUCUUUAACGCCAAAGCAUAUUUCUUCAACCACUUUACCAGGGUGGUUAUUUAUACCUCACUGGCCCUUGUGUAAGGAAAUGUCUGGAUAACAACUAAUCCACGUUUUGUUCCUAUAUAAGGUGUCCUGCUUUUGAAUGAUUACGGACAGUAGAAGUCAGCGGGUUUAAUGUAGCAGUAUUGGGCCCAAUACUUGCUGAAAGAGAUUCAGGGACGCAUGAAGUGAAGGGCGACAUCCCUCUACUCAAGCCCUAAGAACAGAUAACUAGCUAUAACCGCCACUCUUGGGGGGGAGGGGGGAUGGAGGGCACGGUUCAACCGGACACUGGAAACAGUGCAAUCAUUUUGAAAUCAUUUUGCUUUCCUGUGUGUGCGACCGUGUUGAAAAGGUUGUCAAUUUACUCCAACCCCAAUGGUUAGAGAUAUUUAGGAAAUACCCACCUUUAGUCCCAAGUCUACAUUUCUCCCCUUUCGUAAACCAACAGUCAGUUUGACUCUUUUUUCCCCAAAAUAAUUCGUUUGCAUUCUUUAUGUAGUACUAUUUUAUUUGUAUCACUCACUACACUGUACAUUGCCUAAACGUGUUCCUAAAUGAAAUGUACCCGAUAGAAUGAAAUUAGCGGUACUUGGAGUGUUUAAAAUGUCUAGAAAAAAAACCCAUAGCAUGUACAGUAACUGACUGUCUAGAUCAGGGGUCACCAACAUGGUGCCCGCGGGCACCAGGAUGCUCCCAAGGACCACAUGAGUCGCCCACGGACCCAUUCUAAAAAUAGCACGACUCACCAGUGAGCAGCAUCUAAAAUUGAAUUUUCUCUUGUUGCUAUUCUUUUUAAAGCAAUACAUGCAUUUAUUUAAUCGACACUUGAGUAUUGUAAUGCACUCUAUGCAGGUAUUAACCAGCUUGGACAAAAUGCAGGAGCUAAAAAAGUGUACCCACAUUACUCCAGUACUCUCUCCACUGGCUUUCUAUACAAUUCAAAACUAACUUCAAAGCCUUAGACGGACUGGCCCCUUCAUACAUCACCGAAGUCAUAACUCCUUACACACCACUGAGAUGACUUACGAGUAGGUCAGCUGAUCUGCCCAGAAGUCUAGGCUGAAGCAGAGAGGUGAUCGUGCUUCCCUGUCCAAACCCGCUUUACCUUUAACUGUCAGAAUGGCCCCAUCACUGUCUGUUUUCGAAUCCCAUCUUGAAACACAUUUUUAUUCGCUGACUUUUAGCUCACUGUGAUCAUUCCAGGUUUUAAUAUCUUUUAUAGUGUCAUUGUUUACUGACUGUUUUAUUGGUUUGUUUUAUUUUCUUCUGGUUUUGUGUUGACUCGCAUUUUGUUCAGCACUUUGGGAUCAACUCCUGUUUAAAAAGUGCUUUAUAAAUAAAUUUGAUUUGAUUUGACUUUAAUUACAUUUGCAUAUAUAUAGAUUUGAAAAUGACAAUAUCUUUUUUUUAAAAAAGCAUUUAAAACAUGUUUAUUAUACAUGAUUUAAGAAGAGUGUAUCAAACUGGUAGCCCUUCGUAUGACUUCAUGGUACCCGUGAAGUAGCUCUCAGUUUCAAAAAGGUUGGUGACCCCUGGUGUAGAUGUUACAAAAAGGCACAACAGCGACGCACUGUGGUUACGGACUGCCAUGUCCCUUUAAAACAGACGGAAAAAUACACACAUGUGGCCGAUAUAGUCAUUAAGACCUAAAAACGACGAUUUAGCUGUUUGUUAGGCGUCCCUCGUUGAAUUUCAUUUAUUUUUGUUAGUUAAUGUUCCUUAAAUUGCAUAUAUUGUUUUCAUCGUUGCUUUUUCUCCAUUCUGCUGCAGGAGUAAACAUAUACAGCGUUAAUUACUUUUAUGCCACCAAGGGAAAAUUCCCCACGUACGAUUUUAAACAUCUAAGAUUAGCAACUUGGAGCAUUUCUCCGAAGAUUUGGAAACUAACCCUUUUUACCUCAAAACAUGUGCUCUGUAAAAUUCAAUCCGUUGGCUCGAUUCCAGGCUGCCUUCCCCAUCUCGUUGGCACCGAAUAUGGCAGCUGAUGGGUAUAAUCCAGUCUCUCUGCGACCAAAAUCGAAGAAGAAGGAUCGAGGCAAUGUGACAAUGAGCCGGAGGAGGAUUUCCGUGAAGGAGCUGGGGAAUGUGGACCACCAAGGUUGGCUCUACAGGAAGACUGAGGGGAAAGGCUUCCUGGGCAUCAAGUGGAAGAAAUACUGGUUUGUGCUGAAGAGGACUUCGCUAUACUGGUAUACCAGUCAGAUGGCUGAGAAAGCAGAAGGUUACAUCAACCUGGCAGAUUUUCUGAUCGACCGGGCAGUAGAGUGCAAGAAAAAGUACGCGAUGAAGGCUUGUCACCCCGACGUCAUGAUGUUUUACUUCGCGGCAGAGAGCAGCGAGGACAUGAAUAUAUGGCUAAACAAACUGGGACUGGCUUCCAUCCACUACGAGCCGACAGACAAUCCAGGAGAGCGUUAUAGUGAAGCGAGUGACCUGGAGGAGCCGGAUUCCACAGAGGCGCCGCCUCCUCCGUACUCUGAAGAAGCGUCCACAGAAACCGAUAGUCUCCCUCCACCCUACUCCUCGCCUUCUCAGAGCGAGGCGUCGGGCUCCACCUCGACUCCCAUCAGCACGAUGACGUCCCAGAGCUCGGUCUCCUCCGCGACCAAGAACCGUCGGCUGUCGCUGGACAUCAUCGCGCAGUCGGCCAGAGCGGAGGUGCACUGCUCGCCGCAGGUCCACAGACAGCUCCACCUAGAGGCUGAGCAGAAAGGGUGCAAUGUGGCAACAUGUCUGGCGCAGAAGCCCCUGGAUUUGGAAGUCAGUGGUACCCUAUGCGCGGACCAGGGAGGGUGUUCGCCAGCAGCUGCUGCAGAGGAAAAUGCAUCAGAUGAAAUGGAAAAAUUGUACAUUCACCUGAAAGAAGCCAGUCUAUCACCAAUUGGAGACCGAAAACCAUCCACUAAAAGGGAUUUUAGAAAGUCAUUCAUCAAGCGCUGCAAAAACCAGACUAUGAAUGAAAAGCUACAUCACAUCCGGACACUGAACAGCACGCUUAAGGCCAAAGAGGCAGAUCUGCUGGCCAUAGAGCAGGUUCUGACUGAUCCUGAUCUGACUGCCUUCAAGUACAGGAAAUGGAAGGAGGCCCAUCUGCCAUUAUGGCAGGACAUCUGUUCGCCAGAGGGGCCUCCAGGGGGCAGUGUGGAGCACCUUGCUGCUGUGGCCAGUGUGGCCCCUUACACAGAGACUAGCGUGUGAAACUGUUUUUGAGGCUCCGGCUCCUUCCACAACCACUGACCUAUUGCCUGCUGCUUGCCCAAGCAAAGAGCAGAGCUGAAAUGCUGUUACAGUGUGGGACAUGUACAUAUUAAAAUGACAACGCUUUUGUUGCUGGGUGCUGUUGUGAACACUCGUUUUGGUUUGUUUUUUUUUUUACCAGUUUUCUCAGUUUUCAACAUUCAUUUGUGUGUUGAAGUACACUUUGGAUUAUUGGUGAAGUGGUCCAUAUGGUUUUCUUUACGGACACAAUGAAAACUCGUGACAGUAGCUAGACACUCCGGUCGCACGUAUGAGGCGCGAAGACAGUGUUGUCGUUUGUGACGUUUUGUAUUUUGCGCUGGGGUUGGAGAAGCCUUACCAACCCCUGGUUCACAUUACGUUCCUGUCCCUUCUGAUAGUUUUACUUAAUGCCAGUGAUGCACGGUUCACGGGAAAAGAAUUCACGACGAAGUAUUUGUGUGACUGAUUUUAAUUGUCUCUGUAAAUAUGUAGUUCCUUCUUUUUCAUGCAAACCAAGUUUGUAAAUGUACACUUCUAUCCCUGUAUUAAAAGGCAUUAGGUGUAAGUGACUGGAUAUACCUUAACAGUAUCAGGACUGUGGUGGAUUACGGUCCAGUUUCUCAGUGAAAUUACCAUUUCAGAGGAUUUCUUUUUGCGAAAUCUGUUAACCAUGAACUCUGUAAAAAAUUAUAUGUGGAGUUGUACCAUUUGCUAUUAUAGUUUCAGUUGUAAAUGUUUUUUUUGUACAGUAGUGUAUAAAAAUAUGUACAGUUCACUCAUUUCUAGUGUGUUGACCUGGUUCAAUUCAGAGAACAAUACAAAUUCCAUGCAUAAAAA